GCUCGCUCACAGCCUCUAAUCUUAAAAACUCUCUCUCUCUCUCUCUCUCUCUCGCGCUCACUUUCUCUAUCUAUCUCUGUUUUUUGGGUUUAUAUAUCCGAGUUGGAGUAAUUGACUCGGGGGGUUGGUGGUGAGGGUGUGGGAACGACACGGCCAUGACUCGGCGGUGCUCGCACUGCAGUAACAACGGGCAUAACUCCCGCACGUGCCCCAACCGCGGAGGCGGAGGAGGUGGAGGUGGCGGCGGCGGAAGUGGUGGCGGAGGUGGUGGUGGUGGUAGUGGUGGUGGGUUGAGGCUGUUUGGGGUGAGAUUGACAGAUGGGUCGAUGAUAAAGAAGAGUGCGAGUAUGGGGAAUCUGUCGAGUGCGCACUACCACUCCUCGUCUUCCGCCGCCGCUUCACCCAAUAACAACCAACAUGACUCGCCUUCCUCCGACCAACACGUCCACGUGUCUGAUGGUUACUUGUCUGAUGACCCCACUCACGCUUCUUGCUCCGCCAAUCGACGCGGCGACCGUAAAAAAGGUGUCCCAUGGACAGAAGAGGAACAUCGACUGUUCUUAUUAGGCCUUCAGAAAUUGGGGAAAGGAGAUUGGCGUGGGAUAGCACGAAACUUUGUCAUGUCACGGACUCCUACACAGGUGGCGAGCCAUGCACAGAAGUACUUUAUCCGGCAGACUAAUGCUAACCGAAGAAAGAGGCGUUCCAGCCUUUUUGACAUGGUUCCUGAUAUGUCUACAGAUACACCAUCUGUGCCAGAAGAACAAGUAUUGCUGCCUUCUGCUCAGGCAAGAGAAACUGAUACUGCAAACCCAUUACCUUCAUUAAAUCUUUCCCUCAACUCGGAAUUUGAACCUAUGGAAGCUAUACCUCAAGAGGAAGCCAAAGAAUCUGGUGAAAGUGUGACAGGAUCAGGUGGAAUGGCACCAAUGAUUCCUGAAUUUUUCCCUGCUUUUUUAACUCUCCCUUUCCCAAUGUGGCAACCAAAUACAGCUCCUGUAGAAGAAGAGAAGGGUGCAGAGACAUCACAUCAUCAGGUCUUGAAGCCAAUUCCAAUCCUUCCCAAGGAACCUGUCAAUGUUGAUGAACUUGUUGGCCUGUCUCAGCUUAGUCUUAGAGAGGCUGAGAGACUCCAUAGAGAGCCUUCACCACUCUCCUUAAAAUUGAUAGGAACGCCCUCAAGGCAGUCAGCGUUUCAUGCAAAUGCUCCAGUCAGUGGGUCUGACUUAAACAAGGGUGAGAGUAGUGUGAUCCAAGCAGUUUGAAAUUGGGUGAAGAGAGCUGUAUUAAGAUCCUUUUCUUUUUCAUGAAUUUGUACAAUUACAUCUUCACUAAAUCAUGUUGGUUUAUUUUUUGUUAGUACGAAGAAUCUCAGUCUCUAUAACAUAGGUUAGAUCAACAUCUUAGGCAAUAUUUAUUCUUUUCAACUGUAAACAGCUAGCUGUUGAAAUAAUUGAAUUGAUUUGGCAAAACAGUUCUGAUUUUUGUAGA